CUUCCCUUCACCACCACACGGUCCCGCUCGGCUCGCUCUCCUGUCCGGCAACGGCCAGCAAAUUUGUACACACCGCCUUUGCAAACUCCCACGAACACCACCCCACACGACAGCCCUUCUUCUCGUCGCUGCUAAGCGCUCCCGCCACAGCCUCAGCAGAGCUGUCUCGCACCCUCCGAUUCUUCACCCGCACGACCCACUGCUCACGAGGGCAAUCCAAGCACAUAUCCACAACCAGGCCCAUCCUCUCGACACGGCCACUCCAUACUACUCCCGCCGGAGAUAGCCUUGCCGAAGCGGGCGAGCCGCGACUUGUAAACACCAGUGGAUCCCCACCUCUCGCACACUACGUACCCCACUGCGUUGGCGCGUCGCCUCUCGCACCAUGGUUGAUAAGCCGCUGAGUGUAGCGGCAGGCGAACGAGCAUCCGCAGCAAAGUCCGACCAGCUUGCUUCGCCGGCGCGGAGCGACAGGAGCAGUGAUAGCGAAGGUCGGCCAGUGAGGGAGAAGCUGAAAGAGACCCGCAUUGAUGCGCAGGGAACAGCAGAUCAAGCCCCCAGCUCCGAUCAGGCCAUGGCCGACGCUGCUCCCAAUGGCCAAGUCGGUGAAGCCAGCACCUCAGGAUCAGACAACGAGAGGGGUCGGCUGCGGCGCAAGCGAAGCCGCGAAGAUUUUGAGGAUGUAGCCGAGGAUGCGAAGCCGUUAGGCAAGAAGCACGAGCGACACACACGCAAGAAGUCGAGAGACAUCACCAGCCCCAUGGGCUCCGACACCGAGCUGUUGAAGAAGAAGGCCAAUGGCACCAUUGCUCCUAUCGCCGAGAACGAUGGCGACGUCAACGCUCCCUCCACUGCUACUUCCACCAGUAGACAGGCAACUCCCGAGGGAGUUGCUUCAGAUAAGGAUGGAGCUACCGUGACCAGCCCCAAGAACAAACGGAAGCUUGAGCAGACUGCAGUCAGCAACGAUACAGCAGCUGGACCAUCCGGAGCCACGAGCACAACAACAAAGCCAGAAGAGCGCGACACAAAGCGGCCAAGGGACCGAGUCGAUUCCGACCUUGUGUCGAAGGUCGCCGAAACCACAUCCAAGAUCCCUCCUGGCAGUGGCUUCUCCAAUACCUCUGCCGCAUCGCCGUUUGCAACGAUGGCUCCCAAGUCCGCUGCGAAACCUGCUGAGCCUUCCACGAAAGAUCAACCUCAGACUUCAGAAUCGGCUUUUAAAAGCUCUGGCUUUGGAGCAUUCGCUAGUUCAACCGCGUCACCAUUCGCAGCCGCAGCCAAGACUACUACCCCUUCCCCUUUCGGCGCAGCCACCGUCAACAAGCUAUCCUCUUUCGCAUCGAAACCCGCCGCACCAGCAUCCACCUCAAGCGGCUUCGCUGGCCUUGGCGGCGCUACGUCGUCCUUCGCCAAUGCCUCGAGCGCGGGAGGCUCGGCUUUUGGAGGCUCACUGGGCGGGAGUGCGUUUGGAAGUGUCAUCGGAGGCAAGCCUGGGCUCUCCACGUUUGGAGGCGGUGGUAGCAUCACUGGCUUAAAGGAAAAGACCGCCCCUGAAUUUGGAGCCGCAGAGACGAAGGCCGCUUCAGACUCAGAAGGAGACGAUGAUGCUGGCGAUGACCAAGACGGAGAAUCCGGCGGGAACGAGGCCGAACGACGGACUAGUCAACAUUUGCUCUCUUCUACUGGACCGCUUGAAACGGGUGAAGAAAACGAGGAUGCUGCAUGGACAGGCCGCGCAAAACUUUACACUUUUGUCAAUCAAGACGGAAAGAAGUCCUGGCAAGAGCGUGGCGUCGGACCGUUAAAGCUGAACGUUACCCGGGAAGAGCCAUACAAGGCCAGGUUUGUCCUCCGUGCUGAUGGUACGCAUCGCCUGCUGUUGAACGUGGCGGUCACAAGCAAGUUGAGAUUUGGAGAUGCAUCUGGCAAUGAGCCCAAUGAUGGCAGAUUGCUCUUCGCUGCACCCACUACUACUGGCGAAGUCGAGUCACACAUGCUCAGGUUAAAGGUAGAGCGCGCCGCUGAGCUCUGGAGGCAGGUAGAUGAGAUUAAGUCCUCGAAGAUGUAUGCUUGAGUCAUGUAUACGCGAGAAGCCCUGUUGGAUACGCGUUUUACAUCAUGAUCUGUUUGUUUUGCAUUUCAGCGGGCUCAUCGCAUCCCUAUACGUUCCAGCCAAUCCCGGCAUCUUUGGAAAAUUUAUACGGCUGGCAUAGAGUCCAUUGGUCACGUCACGAAGAGAUGCGUUUACAUGAGUAUACGGUCGACAUUAAGCAUCCAUCAGAGGGGUAGUAGGGGGUAAGACGGGUGCUACGCAUGGGAAAUGCGAGCAGGCCUAGUGCUGCAUAUGGAGUUAGAUACCAGGGGCUAAGCAUGCACUGUGCACUACUAUGAUGAGCCUUUCGUCUGUCCAUCCAUAUCUUGGAUAUGUUUGAUGUGCCCAUAACCUAAAAUAAUUGC